UCAAAAAGUAAAUCAUUCACUUUUCGUCAGUUUUAUUGACAAUCAUGCUAAAACUUGUAAUUUUCAUUACAUUUUUCGUCAUUGUGCGAUCUCAGUCAAUGACUGAAGAAACAUCUUCACCGUACGCAAACUCAGAGAAUAAACAAUCAUUGGAUGAAUUGAUAUCUGAACCGAAAAGUGAUAAUGAUAAUAAUCGUGUCAUUGGAGACAAUACCCAGAUUAACGGUCAAAAUAUCGAUGUCAAAAGUAAUAGUCAACAAGGAAGCGGUGGAACUCAAAAUCCGGAGUCGUCAAAUUCGUCAAAAAAUCCCUGUGAUGUUGGCGAGUGUAUGCCAUUCGAUGAAUGCGUCAAUGGAACCUUAGAAGAUCAAUCGGACGCCCGUAGUGCUCAAGUGGAAAAUUCCAAACCAUGUGGUGGUUUGUUUCGCAUAUGUUGUUCAGAGCGUGCAAAUAAAACUGUCGUCCCACAGAUAAAUCUUGGCUGUGGCAUUCGGAAUGUAGAUGGUGUUGGUUUUCGUACCCCAAGCAGUCUAGGCAAUGUGGCUCAAUUCGGCGAAUUUCCGUGGACUGUUGCCAUUUUAAAAGAGGAAAAAGCAUUAGACGAACAAAUUUUUAAUGUUUAUGUUUGCGGUGGUUCUUUGAUCGAUCCGGGUGUCGUUCUAACUGCUGCACAUUGUGUCGACCAGAAAGAUCCGAAAAUUUUGAAAAUUCGUGCCGGCGAAUGGGAUACACAAACAAAAGAUGAACCGUAUCCCCAUCAGGAUCGUGCUGUCCGCGACUAUGUCAUUCAUCCGGAAUAUCAUCACGGUACCUUGUUCAACGAUAUUGCAUUGCUGUUUCUCAUACAACCAGUUGAAAUUGCUGAAAAUGUAAAUACUGUUUGUUUACCUAAUGCCGAUGAUAUUUUCGAUAACGCUCGUUGCUUUGCAUCGGCUUGGGGACAAGAUAGAUUUGGUAAAGAGGGCAAAUAUUCAGUAAUUUUGAAAAGAGACGAACUACCAAUCGUGCCGCGGGAAACAUGUGUUCAGAAAUUGAGAGAGACACGACUUGGCCGACAUUUUCAAUUGCACUCCAGCUUCAUUUGUGCCGGUGGCGAACGCGGUGAUACUUGUAAAGGCGAUGGUGGCAGUGCACUCGUUUGUCCUAUUCCAAAUGCACCGCAUCGAUAUGUACAAACAGGAAUCGUGGCUUGGGGCAUUGGAUGUGGUAAUUCAACGCCAGGCGUCUAUGCAAAUGUACAAAUGUUCCGGAACUGGGUGGAUAAACAGAUGGAAUUGAAUCAUUUGACCAUAAAGUCUUAUUUAUACCGCUGAUAAAAUAGCACAAGGAACUAAUAGAGUUCGACUAUCAACUGUUUCUCUUUUUGUAUUCAAAUCAGUGUUUUUGCAGCAAAUAUAUUUUGUCAUUGAUCUUUCUAAUCUAUUU